AUGCUUCAUCUACAACAACUGCCUUACAUCCUUCGGCACGUGCACUGGCAACAGUCAGCGUCUCAGUUCCACCUGUGCCAUUUGCGGCAGACUGAUGGCACCGGCACGCUGUGUAUCCCGGGGCAGUCGUGCGAGCCGGAUGACGACGCGAGAAUGGCCACCUGGGUUAUGAACUACCAGUCUGGAGACGUGGCACUGAGGUGUAAAGCCGUUAGCAGCGUUCUCAUUGAACCUACUCAGGCCAAUGCAAUGCUGGCGUUGAAGACAGCUUUGGGUGUGACCGUCACCACGUGGGCCUCCACCAACCUCUGCCGCAUCACCGAGAUAUCAACGCCCGUUCAGAACGAGUGGACUGGCGUGUACUGCAAUUUCGCCGGCUCUGUGGAGUCCAUCUCCGUGGCACGUCAGAAUUUAAAGGGGUCUUUUCAUUCGGACAUCUCCAAGCUCACCGCACUCACUUACCUCUACAACUGGUUUGACGGAUCCAUUCCCUCCACCAUUGCCUCUCUGCCUCGGCUCACCACACUAGGCCUCUUCUCCAACUACCUCACGGGCACCAUGCCCAUCCCCUCCACCUCCCUGGCCUCUCUAGACGUAGGCUUUAACUACCUCUCGGGCUCCUUCCCCAAGCUCUCCCUCGCGGUCUGUGCGGCUGACCAGAACUGCUUCCUCAGCUCCUCCUACUGCCGCUCCUAUGGCGCGCUGCAGCGCCCCGCCGCUGCCUGCGCCAUCUGCGGCACGACCGACGGGCAGGGAACGCUGUACCUGUAUAACAACUUCCUCACAGGUAGCAUCCCAGCCCUGGGUUCAAACUUGAAGGUGCUCGAUUUCUUUACCAAUUACAUUACAGACAUCGCCACACACUCACUCAACACCUGCACCGGCGCUAACAACUGCCUCACUGUUCCCUCCAAGUGCAACUAUAACGGAGCCACCCAGAAAUCUGCUGCUAGUUGCGCCAUCUGUGGCACUACCAACGGCGUCGCUCCCCUGUGCUUUGGUGGUGGUGGGGAGUGCGUGGCUGCAGCUGCUUCUUACGUUGAAGCUGGCGCACUGAACAGAAUGUUUUCCCCCGCUUCCCCACCCAUGCUCUGCUCAAGCACCUCAGCACUGCUGGCGCUCAAGGCAUCGCUGGGAGUGACGUUCACCUCGUGGGCAGCAAGUGUGCCGUGCCAAGUGGCCGGCAAGCAGGCUGCCACACAGACCACGUGGUCCGGCGUGCUCUGUGGCGAUACCGGGGACGUGCUUUCCAUCUCAGUGGCGCGUCAGAGUCUAACGGGGUCUAUUGAUUCGGACAUCUCCAAGCUCACCGCACUCACUUACCUAGGCCUCUUCUCCAACUAUUUCACGAGCACCAUGCCCACCCUCUCCACCUCCUUGGUCGCUCUGGACGUGAGCUUUAACUUCCUCUCGGGCUCCUUCCCCCAGCUCUCUCUCAAGAGUUGUGCGGCCGACCAGAACUGCUUCCUCAACUCCUCCUACUGCCGCACCUACGGCGCGCUGCAGCGCCUCUCCUCUGCCUGCGCCAUCUGCGGCACGACCAACGGGCAGGGAACGCUGUGCAGUGGUGGAAUGUGUUUUGCCGACAGCUAUUUGCCAGUCAGCCAGGGAAUCGUCAACGUCCCCUCGUUGCCGCCGGUGGCCUUGACUUGUCCAGGGAAUGCUCCUCUAGUCCUCAUGAACGCUGGCUCAGUGUCCACGAUGUUAUCCAUCAAGUCAUCCCUUGGAUUGACGAGCACAACGUGGGAUGCAUCCCUUCUCUGUGUUGCGGGCUUCGGCAAUACCCCGUUCGGAGUUACCACCUGGGAUCGUGUUCUUUGCUCCGUUGGCGGAUCACCUUUACUACUCAACUUCAACAUCUUGUCUUUGAAGGUCGCCACCCUGCCUGCUGACAUGUCCAAGCUCACUGGACUCACGGAUCUUGCUAACUUCCUCACUGGAAGCAUCCCAGCCAUGGGUACAGCCUUGAAGUCGCUCUACAUCGCAUACAACUACAUUACGAACGUCGCCACCCAUUCACUCACCAACUGCGGCGGCUCUAUGAACUGCGCCUCCAAUCCCUCCAAGUGCGCCUCUGACGAGACCACCCAGCGACCUGCUGCUGAGUGCGCCAUCUGUGGCACUACCAAUGCCGUCGCUCCCUUUUGCUGGGGCGCCGGCGGAGAGUGUGUGGUCGCUGCUGCUGAUAACAUUGCAGCCGGCAAACAGAAUAUAGUAUACCUCCCGCCUGCCCCACCCAUGGUCUGCUCAGCACUGCUGUCGCUCAAGGCAUCGCUGGGAGUGACGUUCACCUCGUGGGCAGCAAGUGUGCCGUGCCAAGUGGUUGGCAAGCAGGCUGCUGGACUGCCCACGUGGUCCGGCGUGCUUUGUGGUGAUACCGGGGACGUGAUCUACAUGUAA